AUGGAGCAGUGUCUGGAGCAGGUGGCCAGGGAGCGGAGCGGACACACAGCUGUUUUACACAACAACCUGCUUUAUGUGUGGGGAGGAUACAUGUCAGUGGGGGAUGACGAGGUCUUCCUGCCCCACGAUGAGCUCUGGGAGUAUGACAUAGACCGAGGCGUGUGGAAAGUGUUCCAGACCACUGGGGACGGGCCGCCCUCCAUGUCCGGGACAUGCGGCUGCUGUCUGGACGGAGUCAUGUUCAUAUUUGGAGGCUGUGACGACAACGGGCAGACGAACGAGCUCUACAGCGUGGACCUGAACGAUGGGACCUUCACCUGGAAGAAGAUCGUCCCAGUGUCCGGGUCUCCUCCUUCUCCUAGAGACAAACUGUCCUGCUGGCUGUACGCCGGAAAGAUGGUGUUCUUUGGAGGAUACGGACACAAAGUGCUCAGUGACCUGAACAGCAGCAGCAGGAACUUCAUCGUGGAUGAAACCUCAUGGGCUGGAGAGCUGUUCUGGGGAUGGAACAAUGAAGUGCACAUAUUUGACCCAAAGCUGUUGAGCUGGAGUCGGCCUCAAACCCACGGCCGCGCUCCUGCUCCUCGUGCAGCACACGCCAGCGCUUCCAUCGGCUCCAAAGGCUACGUCUGCGGAGGGCGAGUCAUGGAGACCAGGACGAGUGAUAUCCACUGUCUGGAUCUGGACUCUUGGACCUGGACUGAGCUAGCCCCCUCCUCUGCUGCUCCUGUGGGCCGCUCCUGGCACUCCCUCAGCCCCGUGUCGGACCACAGCCUGUUCCUGUUCGGAGGCCUCAGCGUGGACUGUAGCCCCAUGAGUGACGGAUGGCUGUUUGACACUGACACCAGGAAGUGGACUCAAGUGGAGCAUCCAUUCAAAAACAAACCCAGACUGUGGCACACCGCAUGUCCAGGCUCCGAUUCUGAUGUUAUCGUGUUCGGAGGCAGCUGCGACUACAUCCUGCUGGUCGACACGGGUCACUGCAACGACGCCUUAGUUUUCCAGACGCAGCCGUAUCCCCUCUCCAGUGUGGAUCGUGUGUCGGAGCGUGUGGAGUCUCAUAUAGUUAUCACGUCCACACCUGGAUGA